AUGACUAAUAUAUUCGUCACGCUCUCCAAGAUGCGGCUGGCAAGUCAAUCGCAGUAUUUUGCCAAGCUGUUCGAACAGGAGAAUGCACAGGGCGGGUCAUCUUCACAGGGAAGCGAGGAAGUGUUCACGCGCGAGAUCGUGGACGGUUGUCCCGUGUACGAGGUCCUCAAUCUCAGUGUGUUGGAUAUGGAGAGAUUAUUAGGAGCGUUGGAUGAUGGACUUGCUCUCUCCGUGGUUCCUCCAUCGUUCGAGGUCAUUGUAUCCAUUUUGCGCGCAGCAUCUACGCUGUCCAUUUCAUCUGCAACCGCUUACGCUAAGCACCAGCUCCGUAAAGCUUGGCCUUCCGAUCUGGACAAACUCAACUGCGGUGAGACAGACCCGAAGAGGGUGACAGAGUUAAUCACCAUCGCGAAGCACUACAAUGUACCGGAGGUGCUCAAGCGGGCAUUCUACGAACUGCUUCGAAGCAAGCAAUUUUGGCUGCACAUGAAGAACGAUCGUAACGACGUUCACCCUGGAGACAAAGACUUCAUCCGUCUCCUGGUCGCUCGCGACGAAAUGCAGUCUGCGUGGAUUCGGACCAUGAAAUCACCUCCAUUCUCACAUAAUUUGCAAUUGCAGCACUCUGACGACGCCGACAUUGUAAAGCGGUGCCAGACCGCCUGGGAAAAUAAUCAGCAGCAGUGGAUUGAAGUCGUCGUCCAGUCUGAUAUCUUCGAGGAGGGCAGAUUCGAUCCAUUUACUGGGUUGGAUGCCAUCGUCGAUGUCGACUGGGCUGCAAUCGGCUAUUGUUCCCGGUGUGUGGGUGCUCGCAAGAAGACUUUGACAGGCCUGAAGGCUACUUGGUGGAAAAAUUUGGAUCCAUGGUUGAAGCUGGAGGGGAGAAGACUCGUCUGGACACUCGAGGUCUAG